AGUUUUUUGUUGUGUAAAGUGACAGUCGAAAGUUUUUUUUUUUUUGAAAGUCACUAGGAUGAAAUACUCGUUCAAUCUAUUAUUCCUCAUACUGGUAAUGAAUUACUAUGCUCAAGCUCUAACAGACAAAGAAGAAUGGAUUAAUUUUAAGAAAACUUUCAGGAAAAACUACAAAUCUCGGUCAGUGGACACCGAUCGUUUCAAGAUUUUUCGGUAUAAUUUAAAAGUAAUUAAAGAGCACAACGUAAAAGCUGAUCAAGGAAACUCAACUUUUCGGUUGGGCGUUACUCAAUUUGCUGAUUUAACCGAAGAGGAGUUUAGCGAUAGAUUGACAAGUGCAAUAAAGCCUCUUCCUUGGCAACGUUCACGCAUGCGAAAUCUUCUACCAUUAGCAGCUGAUCAAGGAAACUCAACUUUUCGGUUGGGUUUCACUCAAUUUGCUGAUCUAACCCAAGAAGAUUUUACCCAUAAAUUGAUAAGUAAAAUAAAGCCUCUUCCCCGACAACGUUUAGGCAUGAAAAAAAUUACACCAUUACCCGCUGCUUCACCAAAGCUUGCAGUAGAUUGGAGAACCAGAGGAGCAGUUACGCCCGUUAAGGAUCAAGGUGAUUGUGCAUCGUGUUGGGCCUUUGCCGCAAUUGCUGCCAUAGAAGGAAUCUAUCAUAUUAAAAAAGGCAAGCAAAUUUCACUUAGUGAACAAAACUUGGUGGAUUGUGAUACAAUUUCGAAUGGUUGCACUGGGGGUAUCAUGGAUGCUGCUUACAAAUGGACAAUAAGAAAUGGAGGAGUGCAAUCGGAAGAUGAUUAUAGUUAUGAAGCUCAAGAGAAUGUAUGUAGAUUUAAUCGAAAUAAAACUAAAGUUUCAAUCCAUAGUUACAAGUCUAUUCCAUACAAGAACGAAGCUAAGAUAGAGAAUACCGUUUUAAAGCAACCCGUUAGCGUUGCGAUGUGUGCAUCAAGGUCUAUGCAACUGUAUAAAUCAGGUAUUUUGUACGAGCAAUCCUGUUGUAAGACCAUAAGAUGUGCAAACCAUGCAGUGACUUUAGUUGGAUUAGGAGUAGACAGUGACAAUACACCGUACUAUAUAGCUAAGAAUUCUUGGGGUUCAUCAUGGGGGGAAGACGGAUACUUGAAAAUUCACAGAGGAAGCGACCAAUGUGGUUUAUCGAACAUGGCGUCGUACCCAAUUAUCAAAUAAUUUUUUGUUUAACUAUUGACAUGUACGGAAUUAUUCCAAUCAAUUAUUUAGAAUAAAUUUCGCUUCUAAAAU